AUGAGGCAUUUACAUUCUUCGCUAUCCCUGACUCGGAGAUGUUUGAGAAUAGACAAACCUAGAGAUACAGGAAUAUGGUUUCAAAAGAGACAUCAAACUUCGACAACCGAUAUCAAGCCUGUUGAUCUGGCAUACGAUCUCACUUCUCCUUCCAGUCUUACCAGUCCGGAUCAAUCAUUGAUACUCUGUCAUGGUCUAUUCGGUUCAAAACAAAAUUGGAGAAGUCUAGCAAAGACUUUUGCCCAACGUCUAGGAAUGCCAGUAUACACUCUUGACUUACGGAAUCAUGGUGCUUCACCACAUGUUGAACCUCAUUCUUAUUCCGCCAUGGCUCUUGACAUCUCACAAUUCAUACAAAAACAAAAUCUGAAGAAAGUCAACUUACUUGGACAUAGUAUGGGAGGAAAGGCUGUGAUGGCUUUAGCGUUAAAUAAGGAGAUCAAUGGACCGUUGAGAAGUUUGAUAGUUGUUGAUAUGUCACCUGCGAGUGGUAAGAUUUCGUCCGAGUUCGCGGCGUAUACAAAAGGAAUGCUGGAGAUUGAAGAAGCGGAGAUCAAGACGAAAUCUGAAGCAGAUAAAAUACUUCAGAAAUAUGAACAUUCCCUACCCACCCGACAAUUCUUACUCACCAACACCAUCCACUCCUCCUCUGGACAUCUAUCAUUCCGUAUACCCCUCAACCUUCUCUCUCGCUCCAUACCUUCCAUCGGUGAUUUCCCCUAUCAUCCCGGCGAGGUGACAUGGGAAGGACCAACUUUAUUUCUAAAAGGUGAACAUUCGAAAUAUCUCAACAGACAUAAUAUCCCAACGGCUAAGGAAUUCUUUCCAAACAUGAAAUUAGAAGUUUUAGACGCAGGUCAUUGGGUUCAUGCUGAAAGACCUAUGGAGACUGUUGCUGCUGUGGAGAAGUUUGUCAAGGGGGUUGAAUAA